AUGUGGCCCAAUAUUAGUGCUGCCCCCUUUUUAUUGACUGGUUUCCGGGGUCUGGAGACAGCUCAUCUCUGGAUUUCCAUCCCUUUCUUUGCAGUCUACUUCUCUGUGCUUCUUGGAAACGGCACCCUCCUCUACCUCAUUAAGGACGACCACAAUCUCCAUGAACCCAUGUACUAUUUCCUGGCCAUGCUGGCAAGCACAGAUCUCAUGGUGACUCUGACCACGAUGCCCACAGUCAUGGGUGUAUUGUGGGUGAAUUACAGGAAGAUAAAUCAUGGGGCCUGCUUCUUGCAGGCCUACUUCAUCCACUCCCUUUCCAUUGUAGAAUCAGGUAUCUUGCUUGCCAUGGCUUAUGACCGUUGUAUUGCUAUCCGCAAUCCCUUGAGAUAUACUUCCAUUCUCACCAGUACUCGUGUGGUAAAGUUAGGAGUAGGAGUAUUUCUGAGGGGUUUUAUAUCCAUCAUGCCUGUAAUCGUGCGUCUCUUUUCGUUUUCAUAUUGCCACUCUCAUACUCUCUCCCAUGCUUUCUGCCUUCAUCAAGAAGUCAUGAAACUGGCUUGUGCUGAUAUAACCUUCAAUAGACUCUACCCUGUAAUUCUGGUUUCUUUAACAGUCUUCCUAGACUGUCUGAUGAUUCUCAUCUCCUAUAUCCUAAUUCUUAAGACUGUUAUGGGAAUUGCCUCUGGUGAAGACAGAACUAAGGCCUUUAAUACCUGUAUCUCCCAUGUUUGCUGUGUUCUCAUCUUCUAUGUUACUGUGAUUGGUCUGUCGUUCGUUCACCGGUUUGGAAAGAAUGUACCACAGGUGGUCCAUAUUAUCAUGAGUUAUGUCUACUUCCUCUUCCCUCCUUUAAUGAAUCCUAUCAUCUAUAGCAUCAAGACCAAGCAAAUUCAAUACGGCAUUCGCCGCCUUUUGUUUAAACAGACUUGA